AUGGCAACGGCCCAAGUUCUAGACGAGGUCGACCUUCUUGGACCACAACAAGAACAAAAAGCUGAAACGGAGCCAGCCGUGCGUCCUUUCGACCCAGUCGAGCUAAAAGAGAAGUACAUCGCCGAGCGAGAUAAGAGACUCCAGCAAGCCGUAUCUGGGAUCAACCAAUACAACCUGAUCGAGGAGCACAACGAAUUUGCACCUUUUAUCAAAGAUAUAUGGGCAGAUCCGAACUUCAAUCGUGAUCCAGUCUCCGAAGUUGUCGACGUGGUGAUCGUAGGGGCUGGGUAUGGAGCUCAAUUGUUCGCUGUGAGGCUCAUUGAAGCUGGUGUGCAAAGCAUUCGGAUGAUUGACAAGGCCGGUGGUUUUGGAGGUACUUGGUAUUGGAAUAGGUGAGUACACAUCUGAAGCAAGCAUCCUGAUCCUCAUUUAAUUGCCUUAAGGUACCCUGGCGCGCAAUGCGACAUCGAGUCGUACAUCUACAUGCCUCUCCUCGAGGAGCUUGGCUACAUACCUACAGAGAAGUAUGCGCGUGGCAAGGAGCUUCUCCAUCAUUCGGAGAUGAUUGGUCGAAGAUGGGGCUUAUAUGAUAAGACUCUUUUCCACACCGAGGUCGGCGAGCUACAUUGGAGCGAGGAGACAGGCCUUUGGUCUGUAUCGACAAGUCGCAACGAUGACAUCAAAUGCCGGUUCGUCAUUACCGCCGGCGGUUUCUUGCACAGGCCGAAGCUGCCCGGUGUAAAAGGCAUCUCCGAAUUCAAGGGAUUCAGCUUUCACUCAUCGAGGUGGGACUACGACUACACCGGAGGUGACCACAACGGUGUUCUCACAAACUUGGCGGAUAAGCGUGUAGCUGUCAUCGGCACCGGAGCGACUGCAGUGCAAAUUGUCCCCAACGUUGCAAAGUAUGCCAAAGCGCUCUACGUAUACCAGCGGACGCCAUCGGCGAUCCAUGUUCGUGGGAACAAGCCAACUGAUGAGGCUUGGGCCAAAAGUCUGAAGCCUGGCUGGCAAAAAGAGCGCAUGGAAAACUUCAAUAGCAUCGUCCAUGGUGCCAUCCUUCCAGUGGACCUAGUACAGGACGCCUGGACAGACGUCCUCCAAAAGCUUCUUGCACGCGGCGCGAACGACCUGGAAGAUCCCGAGAAAGCCGCCAUAGAGCGUCAAAUGGCCGACUUCGACAAGAUGAACCAAACUCGCGGUCGAUGCGAUGAAGUUGUUAAGGAUAGGGCGACUGCUGAAAAGUUGAAACCAUGGUACAAUCAACUUUGCAAACGCCCUUGUUUCCACGAUGAAUACUUGCAAGCUUUCAACCAGGACAACGUGCAUCUAAUUGACACGAACGGGGCUGGUGUCGAGCGGAUUACUGAGAAGGCAAUCGUGGCCAACGGCGAGGAAAUUGAAGUAGACUGCAUCAUAUAUGCCACAGGCUUUGAGAUCGCGACGGAUUGGUCUCACCGCACGAACAUGGAAGUCUACGGCCGAAAUGGACAGACCAUCACUUCUUGCUGGAAAGACGGAACUCGCACUCUGCAUGGCUGGACGACGAGAGGCUUUCCAAACUGCUUCUGGGUCGGCACUGUGCAAUCGGCCCUUACACCCAAUUAUAUGCACGGCUCAGGAGAGCGAGCGAAGCACCUCGCGUACGUCGUCAGCGAAGCCGUGAAGCGCAACAUACGGACGGUUGAGCCGACUGAAGAAGCGGAGAAGGAUUGGGUGAGGACUAUCGAGGAAUCCGCGGCUCUGGGAGCAUCGUUUGCGCGAGAGUGUACGCCUGGGUACUAUAAUAAUGAAGGCACUGCGAAUCCAAGCGCGUUGAGAAAUGCGACGUAUGGAGGUGGAAGCCCGGCUUUCAUUAAGCUAAUGGAGGACUGGAGGGCGGAAGGGAACAUGCACGGAUUGGAUUUGAGGUAUUUUGAUGCGGGAGAGAACGAUGCGACAGUGAGUGCUUCUAGUAAGUAA